AGGGUUUUCUCUUGCUGGUUUCAUUAGUUUCCUUUGAUUGCCGAUCGGAGGGGGUGGAAGUCGCCCCGGCCAGGCCACGGGCUAUCAGUCUCUAUUGAGAGUUUUUUCCACCCCCCCCCCCCUUCUUCUUCUUUAAAUACAAGUGAGUUUGGAGAAAAGAAAGAGGGGGAGAGGGGGGCAGAGCCACUUUUUUCGGCGCAGGAAAAGGUUCGCAGGGCAUUUAGGCGAGCCGCCGCGCCGCGCCCGGUCUCUCCCCGCCCGGGAGACCUGCGCCCUGCCCAUUUUACAGGCGACGGUCUCGGGGGUACAGAGAGCGAGCUUUUCCUCCUGGGCAAACUGCAGAUUUCCCCUCAUCCCCUUAAAAAAUCCCGCAGUCCGCCUUGUCUUCCAGGUACGUUGAACCCGUCUCAUUUUAUUUUUUUUACUAUUGUAGAUAAUUUCUUUUUUUUAAAGAAAAUUAAAAGAACAGCGGGAAGAGCAAGUGAGCCAGCCUUCUAGUUUGACCGCUUUGGGCCCGGGAGACACAGCCCAGCAGGGGUUUCUGGGGGCCGGGACGGGAUUUUCGAGACUCUUUCUGGAUUACACGGGGAGCGCUUUAAAAAGCAAUGCGAUCGUUCCCCCCGGGCUUCUCGGCGAAGGAAGCUCCUCUCGCCCGAAUCUGGACUUUGGCUCGCUUGCUGGUUUCGAAGCGCCCGGGGCCUCGGGGGCACGGGAGUGUCGUUUAGGAAGAACCGCGGUUGGGAUCGACUCCUCUGGCCAUGCUCGCGGCUACCUGUAACAAGAUCGGCAGCCCCAGCCCGUCGCCCUCCUCCCUCUCGGACAGCUCCUCUUCCUUCGGCAAGGGCUUCCACCCCUGGAAACGUUCCUCGUCGUCCUCCUCCGGCAGCUGCAAUGUAGUGGGUUCCAGCCUCUCGAGCUUCGGCGUGUCGGGGGCCUCCCGGAACGGCGGCUCGUCCUCGGCCGCGGCGGCGGCGGCGGCAGCGGCGGCGGCGGCCGCGGCCCUGGUGUCCGACUCGUUCAGCUGCGGCGGCUCGCCGGGCUCCAGCGCCUUCUCCCUGACCUCCAGCAGCGCCGCCGCCGCCGCCGCGGCCGCCGCGGCCGCCGCCUCCACCUCGCCCUUCGCCAACGACUACUCGGUUUUCCCAGCCCCGGGCGUCUCCGGGGGCAGCGGCGGCGGGGGCGGCGGCGGCGGCGGCGGCUCCUCGGCGCACUCGCAGGACGGCUCCCACCAGCCCGUGUUCAUCUCCAAGGUGCACACCUCGGUGGACGGGCUGCAGGGCAUCUACCCGCGCGUGGGCAUGGCGCACCCUUACGAGUCGUGGUUCAAGCCCUCGCACCCGGGCCUGGGCGCCGCCGGCGACGUGGGCUCGGCCGGCGCCUCCAGCUGGUGGGACGUGGGCGCGGGCUGGAUCGACGUGCAGAACCCGAACGGCGCGGCGGCCUUGCCUGGCUCGCUGCACCCGGCCGCCGGGGGGCUCCAAACCUCGCUGCAUUCGCCCCUCGGGGGCUACAACUCGGAUUACUCGGGCCUGAGCCACUCCGCCUUCAGCAGCGGCGCCUCCUCGCACCUGCUCAGCCCCGCCGGGCAGCACCUCAUGGACGGCUUCAAGCCGGUGCUGCCCGGCUCCUACCCGGACUCGGCCCCGUCGCCGCUGGCCGGCGCGGGGGGCUCCAUGCUGAGCGCGGGGCCGUCGGCGCCGCUCGGGGGCUCCCCCCGCUCCUCCGCCCGCCGCUACUCGGGCCGCGCCACCUGCGACUGCCCCAACUGCCAGGAGGCGGAGCGGCUGGGCCCGGCGGGGGCGAGCCUGCGGCGCAAGGGCCUGCACAGCUGCCACAUCCCGGGCUGCGGCAAGGUGUACGGCAAGACGUCGCACCUCAAGGCGCACCUGCGCUGGCACACGGGCGAGCGGCCCUUCGUGUGCAACUGGCUCUUCUGCGGCAAGCGCUUCACGCGCUCCGACGAGCUGCAGCGGCACCUGCGGACCCACACGGGCGAGAAGCGCUUCGCCUGCCCCGUCUGCAACAAGCGCUUCAUGCGCAGCGACCACCUCAGCAAGCACGUGAAGACGCACAGCGGCGGCGGCGGCUCCGCGGGCUCCGGCAGCGGCGGCAAGAAGGGCAGCGACACCGACAGCGAGCACAGCGCCGCGGGCAGCCCGCCCUGCCACUCCCCGGAGCUGCUGCAGCCCCCCGAGCCCGGGCACCGCAACGGCCUGGAGUGACGCGCACCCCGCGCUUGUCCCUCCCCUUGACCUCCUCCCACCCCACUCCGCCUGGUCCCCGUCUGUCCCGGCCUCCGCUCCAACCUCUCUGUCCCUCUAGUCUAACUCCCUCUGGGACCUAACUCUGUAAAGGGCAUGUGGACAUGUAAGUAACACGCAUUGCCGGCCGGGGGCCCUGGCUUUCCCUCUCCACCCGGUGACACCGUCGGAGGCCCGCACAGCCCGAACGCGCGCCUCGCGGGCCUUCAUCCUCGUCCUCCCUUUGUCCCCCUCCCUCCCUCCAUCCCUCCAUCCCUCCAUCCCAUUGUGUGAAGGGCCUUCUGGAGGGAAGCGGCCCUGGAUGGAGAGCUGAACGAUUCCAAGGGCCUGGGAGACAGGCCUGCGCCGGGGCCGGAGCAAUUCGGUGGAACCAGGUUGAGCUCGGGCUGGGAAGGGCGAGGCAGGAGGCCCGCGCGGGGCAUCCCCGCCGGGGCGGCCGCGGACUCGGCGCCGAACGCCCGAACGCCCGCCCUGCGCCGCGCGGUGCGAGCUCUGUGCGGGCGCCCUUCUGUCCGCGCCGAGAUGCGGAGUUUGCGGAGUUCAGCGUCCCACCUUCAGUUCUGCCCCAGCUUCAGCUCUGCCCCUUUUUCUUUGUUCCCUGAGUUGGAACCGAUGCAACUUUCAACUAAGGGCAGUCUUGGUGAAUCCUACAGCAGCCUUCUUUCAUCCCUACAACAUUUUAAAACUAAAAACCUAAAGGAAAAAAAAAAAGGCAUCCCUUCACUUGGUUUCCCGCCUAGAUAGCUUUUCCUCUAGCAGUGAGCAAGUCUUUCUCUCAAAACUGUGCUAAUACUGAUCCCAAAGUUAUUUUGAUCGAAUUAAUUUAACUUAUGGGGUGGGGGUGGGGUGAGGGUAGGUGUCUUUCUUAUGCAAAAAUACCCCUUUCCGGUUAGAACAGAUUCUCUAUCUCCAUGUUUGUCCUUUUCUACCUCGUUUUUCUCCACCCCCGAGCCUAAUCCCCCCCCCUUUUUUUUUUGCUAGUCCAGACAUCAAUUUGUAUAGAACUCAUAUCUGUAAAUCCUUGCAAUCCAUUGGAAACUUUUUUGUGUGAUUUAAACUUAUCAACAAGUGAAGAAGCUAUCGUUGAUAUCAGACGAGGCUGUAGUUUAAAUUUAAAUGCCAAAAGAGGGAAAGUAGGGGGAGGGGAAACACCUUUGUAAAAUAUAUCUGAACCUAAUGGUUUGUACCACAGGAGAAUCGUUCUAGAUUAGUUACCAAUUAACUAUAACCCCACCAGCGUAUGGGUGCGAGGUGCAGCUGUCCAGGAGACUAUUUUGUAUAGUAUUUUUCUUGUACAUUACUUGCAGUAAAUAUUUGAAAAUAUAUCGAAGUAAACUUGAUUUUUUUGGUUACAAGAAAAUAUUAAGAGUUAUUGUUGCAGUUCUGAAGACUGCAGGUUUUUUGAACUCACUUCUGGAGGUGCAGAGCCACAAACGCACUUUCAGGGCCUAGUGUUGCUCGAAUAUUAAUUUAGAUAGCUAUCAAACUGUAAGACAAUAUUUGAUAAAUGUGGGGUGACAUUUAAUUUAAUGGAGCAUGUACUUAUUUGCAUUUGCUGGCAGUUCAGGUAUAGUUAAAGUGAGAGUUCUCCUAUAUUUCAUAACUGGGUUUGCCAAAACCCAUGUAUUAAAUAAAUUGUCCAAGUGAAACUCAACUAAGUUUGGCCUUUGUGUAUUUCCUGAAGGUAAUAUUGUUAACUGUUAACAAACACUCCUGACACUACAUUUAAAUGUUUGCAAAUUCUGCAAACUAAUUGCUCAUUGUAAUGUUGAAAUAAUUUGGAUAUUUCACAUUGAAAUGAAAAGCCUUUCUCUAGAACAUUUUAGACUUGCAUUUUAAAUGCAUGAGAUGUAAUUGAUUUAUUUGUAAUAUUUUAAAUGGUAUUAAUAAACUCAGAUAAAAGACUAGGCCAGUUAAUUUGUAUUUUUUCCUGUUUAAACUAUGGACAUUUGCAUUUUGUUUUCAGUUAAAUGUCUAUUUAAACAAAAUAUAAUCCUGUUUUGUGGUAAUAUUUAAAUAAUCGCCUUUAAUAUUACUUAGAAUGAUUUAUUUGGCAAAACUGUUUUCUCUAUUUACCAAGAUGAAGAUUAUAGUGUCUAAGAAAUGUAAUUAAUUAUUUACCAGUAGAUUUAGCUCAAAGCAUCAGGAUUUACUGACCUCUUAAAAUUUGGACUAAUUCAACAAACAAUUCAAAGAAAUUUCCCGUUUUUGCUUCCUUCUCACCCUCCAGAAGGACUCAGGUUGAUCGCAUUUGGUAUUUAAAAGGGCAAGACUUACACUGGAAGAUCAAUACAUCUAAAAUAAAAACAUGGGUUCGGGGAUAACUUCUGUUGUUAGUGGGUGGAGGAGGUCAAGCUAACAAAAGCUUGUUUUUGGCAUUCCAUGUCUUAGCUAAAGAUUAUGUAGAGGUAAAUAUCAGUAGUAGAUUCCUGCUGAAAUGAGUUAUCUGUUCUUUUAAAGUCUCUAAACAGCCACCAAAGAAAAGGAAGGUUAAACCUUAAUCUAUUUACUAGGCUAUUGUUCACAGGUGUCAAUGAUGCCAAUAAAAAAUUGUCUUGUUAUGUCUAA